UGAAAUUGAAACCCUUCUCGGCGCAGACCAGCCGACAAGUGAAAUCGGAGUCUCCAUUCCCAACUCCCUUCCCAACCAUGGGACAAAGUAUUACUUUCGCAUCCCUGAACGCACGUACCUGUAUAUACUUUGCAGCAUGCAUGAUUUGUUUGGACGACAGGUGGUUUUUAGCAGUUGCAAGUCUGGCUUCUCUUUCAGCUGACUGACAUCCUUAAGUGAAAACUGAUGUAUUAAACUUCUGUGCCCGCGUAGGCGUUUAAAAUUAGUUUGUAUCAGUUUUCCGAAAGUCACUAUGAUGCCAAGGACAUGCUAAGGACACUAACGGCUCUUUUUUAUGACGCUGUCUUCCAACCGGCCAUUACUGUGCUUUUCGCAUUACCUUACAUUUUUUACCUGUUUUCGACGGAAGUCUACAAAAAAACCCUCUAAUUCUAUGCAUGGCAUGUAUAUUCCAAGACUUUCGUGAUGACCUUUGCUAUGGAGCUAUAAAUUUUUUACGAAAAUCGUAUCAAAUUAAUCUUUGUCGGCAACUUUGAGAACUGUAUUGAGUUUGGUUAAACAUUUUAAGGUAAUCGAAAACUGCCGCAAUACAAACUAGAAAAAAUGGGGCGCCGGAUGUCGUACGUGAUCAGUACGCUGUCGACUAAUGCUAUGCUCGUCAACCAUGCGCCAAAACCGUUUGAUCCAGAUGAUUUGUUGAAGGAUCCCAUGCAAAUCUGGUGUUUCAGGUUUCGCCCAGAAUGGAUGCUUGAUCCUGAAAGCAUACUAUAUUACCGAUGGUCGUUUGUUGUAUUUGUCGCCAUUUUCUAUAAUAUCCUGGUCAUUAUUCCUCGUUCUGUCUUUGACGAACUGGAUGAUGCGACGUACCUUCCUUAUUUCCUGACGGCCGACUACUUGGCAGAUCUGAUAUACUUUGUGGAUAUUUUUGUACGCAUGUUAACAAGUUAUCUGAAGGAAUCUGACGGAAUAUACAUCCGCCAACCGCGUAAACUCAUGCGGCACUGGUUGAAAUCAUGGCUAGGAAAAUUUGACCUUAUCAGUCUGAUCCCGACCGAUAUAGCAUUUAUUUGGGUUGGAGUAAAUGUCCCAUAUACUAUCAUCAGGCUAAACCGGGUCCUGAAAUACGGAAGAAUUAUAGAAUUCACCAGGUUGACAGAGAGCCGGCUGAAUGCAGGAAGCUGGUACAGAUUGUUUAUCUUACUAUCCAAUUUCCUCGUUCUCAUUCACUGGAAUGCAUGUUUCUUUUAUCUGAUAUCAGCGCGAGCAGGGUUGGAUUCCGAUGAAUGGGUCUAUCCAGGAGAAAAUGGAAAAAAACUGGAUCAUAUAAGCAUGAACACAGGGGAUGGACACGCAAAAGAUCCGUUGUUGACGAAAUACAUCAUCUGCUUCUAUAGAUCACUACACACGUUGACCAUGAUCGGUAUAGUAGAGCAACCGCAAUAUCCAGGAGAGUUACUCUUCAUGGUGGGGAGUUUAUUGGUAUCCGUAAUGUUGUUUUCCCAAAUACUCGGAAACGUAUCCAGAACGAUUAUCAAUCAGGAUAUUCAUGGGAUGGAGUUCCGCACCAACAUAACCAGUGUUAAGGCGUAUAUGGAGAUGCGCAAUAUUGGCGAAGCGUUAAGAAAACGAAUAAUAAAUCACUUUGAGCACCAAUGGGUCACACGUGAAACAGUUGACGAAAGAAAAACUCUGACCUGUUUGCAUGACAAGCUGGAAUCGGAACUGUCAAUUCAAGUCCACCUGGAAACUAUGAAACGAGUACGAAUAUUCCAAGGCGUCGAACCUGGAUUACUAAUGGAUCUCGUUAUGAAACUCAAGCUGCAGGUUUUCCUUCCGGGUGACUACGUCUGUCGCAAAGGUGACAUUGGUCGGGAAUUGUACAUCGUCAAGCGCGGUUGUUUGUCGGUAGUGUCCGAUGAUGGAGAAACGGUUUUCGCCACCAUAGGAGAGGGCUCCGUGUUUGGUGAAAUCAGUAUCCUGAAUAUUGCCGGCAUCAAAUCGGGCAACCGACGGACCGCCAAUGUGCGCAGCAUUGGCUACUCUGAUUUGUUCUGUCUUUCAAAAGAAGAUUUGUGGGAAUCACUGGGAGACUAUCCGGAAGGGCAAAAGAAAAUGGUAGAACUGGGUAAACAACUGCUGAUCAAGGACAACCUUCUUGACACGGAGGCAGCUGAACAAGCGGAACGCCGGAAAAAUGCCUUCUUAAACAAGCUGGAUAAUGUUGAGGCCAAGAUCGAAAACAUUCAGAUACGAUUUGCUAGUCUGGUAGCGGAACGGGCGGCUGCAGUACAGAAAUUAGAAAAACGUCUUGCUAGAAUUGAUAAAAUGAUGAGAUUGCAAGGGGUUAUACCGGAAGAGGCGGUAGUAUGCUAAAUUUUUUACUGAAGCAAAUUAUUCUGAAAAAAUACACUGCUAACACCUAUUGUCAGCAUAAAAUUAAAAAAUUAAAA